AUGCCUACAAGUUGGAUAUACCGACUGAAAAAACCCGAAUUAAUACAAGAAGCCACGGCACGUGGCGUACCGACUGAAGACUUAACCGUAGAGGAGAUACGCAAGGGCUUGGUGGAGAUCCUGAAAGAGGAAGAAGCCGAUAAAAUGGCGGAAAACAAUGCAAAGGUGAUCACAAAAUUAAUAAAAGAAUGGAACCUCUCGUUUAAAACUACAGACAACGCCGUCGAGUUCAUCGAAAGAUUGGAAGAGCUCAUCGACGCCAGCAACGUCGGAAAAGAGGACAUACUGCCCGCACUACCACGCAUCCUGCAGGGCAGAGCGCUCCUGUGGUACAGAAAUUACGUGGACUCAUGGACCGAUUGGAAUCAAUUCCUGCAAACAUUUAAGCUGUACUACUUCCCGGCCAAUUAUGAAGAGGAUCUCAUAGCCAAAAUUGUCACUAGAAAGCAAGGAGCCCAAGAGAAGUUUACCGACUACGUCACAGACAUUCUGACGCUGAUGCGCAGGUACGGAAGUCUCGACGAAGCAGCGAAGUUACACCGCAUCCACGUGAAUAUGUUACAUAGCUACAAGCUAUACAUCAAAAGGCAAGACUAUAAGACCUUACCAGAACUGUUAAAGUUAGGAACCGAGUAUGAAAAUAUAAGGACACCCACGUACGGUGCAACGACGUCGUCAGGAGCGUGGCGAGACGCCAGCGACCACAACAAAUGGAGGGAAGACGAACAAGCAAGCAGCGAACAAACGACCCAAGGUAGGGACGACCGACGCCACAACAACCAGAGACCGAAACCCGAACCGAGAGAGAGUACGAGCCACACAGUGCAUCCGAAGUAUGACCCCAAGACCAGCUGCUGGUCCUGUGGGAAACCGGGACAUAACGCAGACGCUUGCAGAGGCAGGCGCCAAGGUAACGAAACAAAAACUCAAAGUAAUGUCACUAAUGUAGAACUGUUAACUGAGCACGUCAAUUUCCUUAUCGAGACUGUCCACCUCCUUAGUCCAAACACCACCGUUCUCAUCUGGGACGACAUGUACAGAGAUGUCAAGCCUAUGGAUUGCAGCAACCUCAUCUUAACCGACACCGAAGUUGUACACUGGGACUACACUACAAAACCCCAUGAAGAUGUGCACAUUAAUAUGUACAAGUAUAACAGGAUGUUUGAUAAUCUGUGGAUAGCGACGGCUUUUAAAGGAGCUGAUGGAAGGGAAAGGAUACUUCCUGAUCUUAAAACGCGAUUCUAUAACCAUCUCCAGUGGCUCAACUUUAUAUUUGAUUAUGGCACUCUGAAGAAAUUGUAUAAAAUUAAAGGCAUCAUACUCACAGGCUGGUCAAGAUAUGACCAUAAUGCGCCAUUGUGUGAAAUUCUUCCAGCUUCAAUACCGAGUUUAAUUAUUAAUUUGAUCCUUGUUCAAAAGUAUACAAGUGGAAUUGUUGUUGAAAACAUGAAAGACUUGGAUGUUUUCAUUGAUAAACACAUAAAAAAUAAUUUAGACUCUAGCCUUCUAUGUCAGAAUCGUACCGAGAGUUUUUUGAAUACAUUUGAUUCAAAAACGUGUCAUUAUGAGGAAUCUGAUCUUUAUACUACACUUCAACUUCUUAAUAAUGCUUACAAAUACUUUGUUUUAAAAAAUAAUGCCUCCAGUGAUGAAGAAUGGAGGAUAGAAUAUGAAUACGUUGGUGGGGUUCAAACUCAAGUGGAAACGUGUGGAAGAAUUUUUUACGAACUUAUGACUAUUGAAAAAGUAAUUAUUGGAUUACUGUCAGAUUAUUUUGAGAAUGAUGUCAUAAUAGAAUAUGUUCAGACAAAAAUACGUCGUUUGCAGGAAAACAUUAAAAGGAUUGUUCCAAUUUUGGCAUUAUAA